AUGAUUGGUAGCUUCAUCUCAUUCUUUCCACGUGAGAAAUUGUCUAGCAAACAAGAUCAAUGUCAAUGCGAUCAACAGGAAAACAUUGAAUACAAUGUAGUUGUUAAUUCGAUGACGGCACAGAUGAUGGUGGGAGUAGCAGUAGGGAAUCAAGUGUAUCCUUUACUACAGCAUGAAUCAGUACCCUUUCUCUAUCAAGGAUGGGCACCUGGAAAAAAAUCAUAUCGAUAUGUGAUGCUAGACAGCAUAGAUCCCAAUACUGUGAUUGAUUAUGAACCAUUUGAAAGAGCAGCCAUUUUUCAAUCCGAUCGGACGUUUAAUGAAGUCUAUGGCCGUCCUUGGAAUAAAUUGACUUUACCAGUAUUACCAAAAGUCUAUGAUUUCGAACUUGGACCUGAUAGUCAAAGUAAUCUGAACCAACAACAUCAAGACUUGGGUGAUUCCAAACUGUAUGAAGAUGGGGUGAUUGCCAAUUUGAUAUUUCAAUUUGAUGAAGCUGAUGUAGAUCAGUUACAUUUGAAUAAGAUGAACCUGAAAGCGAAAAUCAAAGGCCAAAUGACUUUUAUCAGUUAUGAUAACAUACAACAGUUUGAUGAUGUUUCUUUAAAAGUGGGUGGUCAUUCUAGUCGUACUUGGGCCAAAGUACCUUACAAAUUGAAAAUCAAGUCACCUAAUGGACUUUAUAAUCGAUGGAGCUUGAAGAUGAGACCUGAAGCAACGGAUCCUACCUUGAUCCGGGAGAAACUUUAUUCGGAUGUAUUGCAAGCAUCAGGUGUUCUUGCUCCUCGAGGUGCUUAUGUUCGAGUCUAUUUCAAUGGUCGAGCUGCUGGUCUUUAUUUAUUGACUGAUGACACAGUUGAACAAUCUUAUUUACAAGAAACCAUUCAUCAUGGAAGUAGUAACGCCAGGAUUGGUCCCAUAAUCAAAGGUGAUGCAGGAAAAGGUGAAUAUGCUGCUGAUUUACUUUAUAGAGGUGAUUCUCCUGAAUCAUAUGAUCCUAAAGUAUAUGAAGUUAAACCCGGAAAUGAACCUAAUAGUCCUGAUCCAAUGGAAGGUUUAGUUGAAUUGACUCGAUUUAUUGCUGCUUAUGAUAUAUCCACUGCUCCUAAAGAUGCUGCUGCAUUCGAUGAAUGGAACAAGAUGAUUGAUGUUAAACAUUUUCUUCGUCAAGUUGCUUGUGAAUGGUUAGGCGGCAAUUGGGAUGGUCUUGUGUAUUCGGGAAAUAAUUUUAUGUUAUAUAGACAUCCUGAUACCAAGCAAUAUAUCACGCUUCCUAUGGACUUUGAUUUUACGUUUGGCAAUGGAUUGGAAAUAGAUCAACAUAAAUUAAUGACUGGUAACUGGAUAGACUUUUCAGCAGAUCGUAUGGUACAUUCUUACCUUUGGGAAAAAGUGAUCGAAAUUCCUUACUUCCAACAAAUGUAUAUGGAUACUCUUCAAACCAUCAAUGCCAAGGUGAUGGAUCCUGCUAUCAUCAUACCUCGUAUCGAAGGAUUGGCUUACAUGAUCGAGCAUGAUGCGGAAUGGGAUCGAAGUUUAGAUCGUAUGAGUGAGGGAGGUGAAUCACGUAACUGGCCUGAUAAUAUAUAUUUGCAAUCUCUAGAACGUGGAUUUGGAGCUGAGGAUGAAAAUAUUGGAUUGAAAGAAUUCAUUCGUGUUAAGUUUGAAGCAGUCAAGAAAGAUCUUGCAUCACUUGAAAUCAUGACACCUGAAGAAAAACAAGCCUUGAUGUAUAACAAUGCCAUCUAUAUUAAAGGAAUACCAAGGGAAACAUUUGAAGAAAUGGAAGAAGAAACGGAGGAGGAAUUAGGUGAAAAUGCACAGGAUCUAAUCAUUAAUGCUGUAGGCACCAGUCAAAAUACUGAAUAG